AUGCGACGGGGCCGGGCCGUGUCAGGGCUCAAGGCGCUCGAGCGCGGCGGCGUGCACACGAGCCCAGUUGCGGGAAUCAACAGACGGCAGCCACUGCUAAGCGCGAGCGGCCAAGAAUGGGCCGCCACGAAGUUGCGAGGAUGCCGAGCUGCCAAGCAGCCACUGCAGGCGGGGAGACCGAGCACGACCGAAGAAUCUCAACCAGCGAUAGAAGAACAUUUGCGUAUACCCAGCAAGAAACCAUCCUCUGGCCCUCCCCCCGUUCCUGUCGUCGUCGUCGUCGUCGAAACAUUUUUAGAGUUUUUGUGUCACUUUGGCUGUCAAGCCAAAGCAAACGCCACCGCCCCACUCCCACUUCUUCCCCUUCCUAACGCGGGCGCGCCCUUCCACGCUUCCAGCCCCGCCUCGCUCCGCCCGCCCCGCCUCGCUCGCCCACACCCCGGCCCGCCCCUCCCCGCCCUCCCCCGCCACGCCCCCGCCCCGCCCCGCCACGCCCCGCCACGCCCCGCCACGCCCCGCCACGCCCCGCACGCCCCGCCACGCCCCGCCACGCCCCGCCACCGCCCCGCACGCCCCGCCACGCCCCGCCACGCCCCGCCACGCCCCCGCCACGCCCCGCCACGCCACCGCCCCGCCCCGCCCGCCCGCCCCCGCAAGGCCCAGCCCCGCCACGCAACGCCCCCUCCGCCCCGGCCGGUCGUUCUUACUGGCGUUUUCCCUCGCCCUGCCUUACAAUCUGUUGCAGUCUCCCUUCGCCACGCCCCAGUCACGCUCGUCACACCACAUUUCGCCUCUCCCAACCUCACCGACAUGUCUCGCCAAGUCCCCUCUUUCUCCUUUCUUCCACGCCUGGCCCUUCCUCGCCUCGUCCCACCCCCUCCGCAGCAGCCCUUCUGCGAGACGCCGGGCGCCGCGACGCCGCCCCCCCUCCCUCGGCGCGACUGCAUUCACAGCCGAUCCCUCGGGCGCGAGGGGGAGCGCGAAAGCAGCCCCCGGCAGCAGGCAAAGAAGCGCUUUUGUCACCCUCGACAUCGCACACCCUGGCGGCAGCACCCCGGCAGCCUCCUUAGCUCAGAGGCAGAGCACUGGUCUUGUAAACCAGGGGUCGAUAUUGAUGACUCAAUUCAUACGUGGCGGUAUGCCCUUCCUUUGCACCACUAUUACAAACGCGCCAAACAAACCCUUAACAUUUCGUUCCGCGCAGAACCUUUUCUGUCGCAGGCGAGCGCGCUUAGGUUCGGGCCCGGCGUGAGCAGCUCGCCGUCGCCGACGCCGCAGUCGCCGCCGCCGCUGGCCUCGCGCCGCCCGCACAGCCCGGACACUCCCAACCCCGCGGAGCCAGUCACGGAGUCAAAAUGUGGCUUAUCUCGUUACAUACGAGUCUUCUUCAUAUUUAAGACUUCAGCUGUUUAG